GCGGUUACCUGGUGAAGCAGAAGGGCUUGGUACAGGUCAGACAGGUUUGCUGUUAGAAAAAAAGCUCAGGAACCAGGAAUAAUUUUCUUCUAAUAACUUUGCUGCUAAUUGUAGGAAGAUGCAUACAGGUUUGUACCUUCCUUGUGUGAAACUGGUACCAAUACUUCACGCUGCAGUGCUGUUCUCUGUUUUCCAGGUGAUAUACAAGUAUUCCUGGUAGCUGUCUUACAAAGGGGCAUUAUGUUUUGUCUUGUAUGGAAAGGUGAACUGAAAUGCAGCUUACUCCAGGUCACAAAAUAAACGAGUAUUGGAGGGGUUCUUUGCUCUCUAGUUGUGCUUUAAAUCUGCUACUUCUUGCUGUUGUGCAGUUAACGGUGAAGGUGUGUCUGUGUCACGUGUUAGUGCUGCUAGGCCUGAGUUACUAUAAGAUAAUCAAAGGUAAUUGGAAUCUGUAACACUUUGGCUAAGCAGAGUUGAUGCUUAACUUUGCAUUAAUUUUUGUACAAUUUAGAGUGAGUACAACAGACAGUGGGGUGGGUAACUGGCAGUCUACCAUGACCCUGCACAGUCAAUAUGGAAAGCAUUGCCGUUAGGAAAUGACACCUGCUUGGCACGCUUGUGGGUCGUUCUGCUUAAUGGUGGAAGAUUUUAGGGUUUUAUUCUCCUUUUUUUCAUAGCAAUUUAAACUGCUGGGCUCUUAGAGCAGAGAUUGUAAUUAUCCGUUACUGUGUUGAAAUAGUUCCUGGCAAAGAUUGCUCAUGUAUUGACUGGGGGUUGCUUGUAUUCCAAAUAAUCUCAGUUUGAAUUAAAAAAUUUCAUCUGUGCUGGGAUCUGUCACUUUGGGACCUCGUGUGUGCCUGUGGUGACAUUCGGGUGAAUAUAUCCAGGAUCCACUGAUGGGAAAGCUUGUAUUUGCAUGGGCCUGCAGCAGGCCUGCUGACCAAGAGGUCAUAUAUAAUAUUUUACUGUCAUUUCUUUGACACUACCAUUGAGAAAUAAUUCUUGAGAGGAGUAUUCAAGCUGGGAGGAUGCUUGGGGUUUUGUGUGUGUGGUUGUUGAUUUGUUUGUUUUUCUGCCUUCUGUUCCUGAAGGAAGGUGAUUCCUGUCUGAUAAAUGGAGUGGGUUCAGCAGAGGGCCCCUUUGAUUCAGUCUCCUUGUUUAAGUGCUCUGUUCUCCCUCAGAUAAAGCUGUUGUCUGUCUUGCAGAUAAGAACUGGUCUUCAGUUUUUGGCUGUGGAAAGCAUAGUUGAGGUGUUCCCAGCAACAGUCGUCUUUUAGCAACCGAAGAAUGAAGCACUGGUUCUUUUUCUUGCCAAGAUUUUCUUUGUGGCUCAUGCCUGCCUUCCAAGCUUCGUUCAAAAUGCAGCUCUCCUGGACUCCUCUGAAUAAUACAGCUAGCUUUGCUAGCAGAGGUUUAGAUUUAACCAUUCUCAGUGUUCAACAGCUGGCUUAAGUCAGAUAAUCUAAAACCAUGCAAAGAAUUUAUGCUCAGUUUUAUUGGCAGACUUGAGUUAUAUCUGGCUGAGGGAGGCAGGAGGAGCAUUUAUUUUGUACUUUGGAGCUAAGAAAGCAUGUAAAAAAAAUUAAACUCUUCCAGAUACUGUAAUUUAGUGAGUCUUUUAGUCAAUGAUUCUUUAAAAUCAUGCUAACAGUUUCUGUAUAGACCUUUAAAGGAAGAAGUGCAAUGCACUAUUCAUGGCUAAUGUUUUGGGAUCAGAUCUGUAGGGAACUAAAAGAUGAAUGUGACUGAAGAGAGUUGAGUCUUCAGGGCCUAUCUGUUUUUGAUUUCUUUAAUGGCUUAAUCAAACUGGAAGGCAAAGAUGGACCUCAAGGGGCCAUCUAGUUAUAGUUCAUCCCCCUGUUCUGAGUGUUUCAGCCCUUUUUUCUGUGAUUUUCUGUGAUGCUUUUGCUCCAAGGGUGAAUUUAAGGCUGCAGUAAUCUCUGCUCUUACCACAUUUCUCUCUCUGUCAGGCUCAAUUGCUCAGUUUAACAAUAACAAUUGAAGGAAAUCUAAUUGAGCAACUUCCCUGGGUACUGUUUAACUUCAGCCUGCCUGGGAAAAUGUGUGAAAAUUUCUGCAGGAACUCUCUUGGUUUUCUUUUUUCCUAAUUUAAUUAUAUGCUUUCAUUAGUGAUGUUAACAACAUAAUAAAAUGAAAAAAGAAGAAUUAGGAACUGGAUAGCUGUUGAAUAAUGAGGGAAGCUGGCAUAUCUGAGUGGAGUUAUACAAGUGGCUUUACCUGAAUGAAAUUGAAAUUCUGCCCCAGAGGUGAACUGUGACUUCAUCCAAGUUCGUGCAACAGUAAUGUCUGUGAGCGGAGCCGUAGCUCUUCUGCCCACUUGUAAGUGCAACUGGUAUGGGUAAUGGUGUGAGAGAAGGUCAAGUGGAUUUCAAACGGCAGGAUGUGGAGCCAGUUACAUCAACCCAUCUCCCAUCAGAGAAUAACCAGGAGAAAAAAAAAGUACUCAACUCCCUGAUGUCUGGUGCAUUGGCUGGUGCUGUUGCUAAAACUGCAGUAGCUCCACUGGAUAGAACAAAAAUCAUGUUUCAAGUGUCUUCAAAAAGAUUUUCUGCCAAGGAAGCCUACAGGCUGAUUUAUCGCACCUACCUCAAUGAAGGCUUCUGGAGCCUCUGGCGGGGGAACUCAGCCACCAUGGUCCGUGUGAUCCCUUACGCCGCCAUUCAGUUCUGUGCGCACGAAGAGUACAAGCAGCUCCUGGGGAGUUACUACGGCUUCCAGGGAAAAGCGCUGACACCCUUUCCUCGAUUCAUUGCUGGCUCUCUGGCAGGCACAACGGCUGCCAUGUUAACCUACCCCUUGGAUAUGGUCCGUGCUCGAAUGGCUGUCACGCCGAAGGAGAUGUACAGCAAUAUUGUUCACGUCUUCAUCCGAAUAUCACGAGAGGAAGGAUUAAAGACAUUGUAUAGGGGAUUUACACCAACCAUCCUUGGAGUGAUUCCGUAUGCCGGGCUCAGCUUCUUCACCUAUGAGACGUUGAAGAAACUACAUGCAGAUCACAGUGGGAAAUUGCAGCCAUCCCCUCCGGAGCGGCUUUUGUUUGGUGCCUGUGCAGGCUUGAUUGGCCAGUCAGCUUCUUACCCCCUGGAUGUGGUUCGCCGACGAAUGCAGACGGCAGGGGUUAUGGGACACACGUACAGUUCCAUCCUUCUCACCAUGCAGGAGAUUAUAAGAGAAGAGGGACUAAUCCGUGGCUUGUACAAAGGACUCAGCAUGAACUGGGUCAAAGGUCCAAUUGCAGUGGGAAUAAGCUUCACAACCUUUGACCUGACGCAGAUCCUUCUCCGUAAAUUACAGCACAGCACUAAUGUUGAAAGGUAGUAGCUUAAUCCCCACAGCCCUUGCUGGGGAAAAGUACAACACGUGUAGAAAGAGCAAUGCUAGCUUUCCCUCACUUUGUACAUGCUCUCCUGCAGCUGAGAACUUACCUUUCUUGUUUGUUUUUUCUGUUGUUGUUGAUUUUUUUUUUUUUUUUUCUUUUUCAUGAGCCUCUGAGUUAUCUGGAAACCUCGACCUGAAACUAACUCUUUCCUAAACAAAACUCUUCUCACAAUUCUGCAGAACUGGGUCCUCUAAAGUAGCUGCCUCACCCUUCUGUUCUACUCUCUGAUACCAGGAGUGGAGCCUCUGAAACAAAUAUGUGCUGCUGCUGGCUCCUCACCUGGUCUCUGUGGGCAGAUGAAGUGGUGCGUGAUGAAAGAGAGGACUUGGUGCUGUUGGAACGAACCCCUGAAUCUGGGAAGUGACUGCUGUUCCUGGUAGGCAGUUUAGAGUUACUGAACAUGUGUUAGCUGGAGGCAGUCUGCCAAGUGCAAUAUUCCAGUUAGUCUGUAGGGAAUUUCACAUUCCUCUGACCUGUAAGCAUCGGUCUCCAUAAAACAGGACACAGCAGGAUUUAACAGGUCCAGGUCGCUUCUUUUGUUCUGGAAGUUGAAUGUGAGCUCUGGCUGGAAAUGCUGCCCUUUUUCAAAUGUUCUUCUCGUUUCUGGGUUGAGUUGCAUAAAAUAUCCCUUGCUUGCAAUGUCCCUCUGAGAUUACCAAAGACUGUAGACAGCAGGGGACAAAAGUUCUGAGCGGUUUUGUAAAUCAAAUUCUCAUGUUUGCUGUCAGUGUUGUUGAGUAGGGGCUGUGGCUGGAUUCACAAACUGGAUUGAAUCGAACUGCAGUAGUGCUCUUGGGCUACCCAAACCCUUCCAUUGUUGUCAUGGUCUUAAAGGCAGCGUUUUCUGAGGGAUUUGGCAGACUGUAGUGUUGAUGCACUAGAAAAGGAAGUGUUACAUACUUAAAAUUUAAGCAGUUUUAUCCUUCAGUAUUAUUGUUGUGGCUUUAUGCACGAUGCGAGAACAAACAUCUCAAAGACGCACAUGUGACGUGGACUUAGCUAUCCUGAAAGGCUGCUCACGUCUGGUGAAUACAGCCUAGUAGUUGAUUCAAGCUGCUGGCCCUGCUUCUGAACAAUUUUGUUGUCUUUUGGUGCCUGCUGUGUAGGUUGUGUCACCUCCAUUUGUUAGUCCACACCUAAGCCCACUUGCUUUUAUUCCUAGAGUUCUUCUGGACCAACUGGGUCCUUGGGAGGAUGGGCACUACAGCCAGUAUUGACCCUUCAGAAAUUAUAUAUAGUGCCAAUCAUUUCUAGUUGCAAUUUGAAAAUGAAUGGUGAAGUACCUUUCAGUGUUUCUAUUUCAAAUCAGUUUUCAGGGAAAUGGAGAUUUGGGGGUGGUUUUGUUUUAUGUUCCAUUCCUAUAUUAAAUUUGGAGUGCAAGAGAGGUCAGAGCAAACUUUAGACUUCUCUGAGAAUCAGAUUACAUAAGCCAAGAUUAAAAAUCCCUUUCCAGCUGACAUAGUCCAUAACGUAAAAAGAAAAAUAAGGCAUAAUUUAAAAGCUGUCCUUUUCUGGUGUAUGUAUUUUAGCUGUUGUAGUUUGAGCCUUGUGUCAUGGCUUUAUUAAUGGGAAUGGAGGUAAUUGCACAAUUGGUAGAAAUAGCUUUCUCCUUUCUUUUGUCUUUGCACUUGUUCUUUGGAGCAUAAGUUGCUUCUAAUGCCAAAUAUUUCCCUAGGAAUUGAGCACCUACACUUCCAUUUUGUGGACAUGGCAGAGAGCCAGCAUACUGAAGUAUUAGCAUGCAUGGUGUUCCCAGAACACGUGGGAUCGAUCAUACUUUAGUGGUUGUGGAUGGGCGGGGUAUUAACCUCAGUAAUUUCUGCCUCCAAGCCCACAAAUUAUGAUUUCUGUUGCGAAACUUGACUGCAGUCACUGAUUUUCCUUGUAAUUAAUGUUAGGUGUUGUUGUUUUAAGAGUCUUUAGAGAGGAUAGCCAUGAAUUCUGUAUAUUUUUUUGCUCCCAUUGCUAAUGGAAGAUGAUCAGCUCUUCGUUUGGGUGAAAUUUUGUUUAGUCCUUUGCAAGAGCUCUGAUUUCUUUUCUCCAAUGGAGAAGCCAAUUACUUCUGCUCUUGUCUUUAUCUUGUCUGGCCCAGUGAAGAAAUACUAAGGCAGUUGCAUCCUACCGCAAAAGUGAGGUAUAGACCAGCAACUAGGUGUGUCAGCAGUUGACUGUGCGUACGUGCGUGUAUGUGUGUCUGACUGUGUGUACAAUCCAUGCCAAGUUCUCUCUCAGCUUGGAGGCUUCCAGUUCAAAGCACAGUCCUUUCUGCACAGCUGAUGGGUACUAUAUGAAGACGAGAGGAAGCUGAACUGUGGCAUCCAAGUUUGAGCAGGCUUCUUUGCUCCACAGUACGGUAGAUCAUCUCAGAGGCAAGCGCAGCAGACCUUGUCUUAUGAGAUGUUGAGCAUCACUGAACCCCUAUGGCAACAGAGGUGGCUUAAUUCCUCCUGGGUCCUGACUGAGAAAGGAUUUACACUGGAUGACUAGCCUCUUGUUUGGGACUGAACAGGAGGACAGAUCUGCACAGGGUACCUUCUGCUACAUCAGGAGUGCAGCUAGUAUAUUAAAUGAACGGGAAGCCUGCGGAGGAGACAGCUUCUGGCUGGCUGACCCUGGCAUCGCCCACCUUGCAGCCGAAGCGCUGUGCAGGCGGCUCAUCUAGAGCUGCUUGAGAAACAAGACCUGAAGCACAGCCAGGCUUGGAAGCAUUGGGCUCAGAUAAGUUGUUCCUUAAUUAGCAGCUGCACCUGAUUUUAAUUCAAUGGAAUUUUAGCCAAACACGUGUUUCCAAGUUUUGCAGGCUGAGUGUUUGUUCAGAGACAGAUCUUUGAAUUCAGUCUGUAAUGGUUUUGGUGCUUUUGUUUCUUGGGCAAAAGUGUUCAGAGUAACUGUGUGUUAUUGCUUUGGGUUGUUUUAAAUAGCUUUUUUUUUUUUUUUUUUUUCUUCUCUGAUUUGAAUGUAGAAAAGGAGAAACAGAGUGUUCUCUUCCCUUCUCUUAAUCCUUGCAUGAAUUGAGAUGUGUUCCAGAUCUCUCUGCUGCCUGGAAUGAGUGCCCGAGGAGUUUGGGGCAUGCUGAUUUGGAAAGGGAGGGUGCCUGUGUGCUGGCCAAGAAGGUCCAUUGCCUUUAGCUCUGAAAAAGGAGACAAGUCUAACUGGAAUAUUCUCCAGUCCUUCUUUUCUUUAGAACUUCUUUACUACCACAGAUUCCCCAAUUUUUCAUUUUAAUAUUCUAAAAUUCCUUGCUUUUAUUUUCAAGUCAUGUUUCUCAUUGUUCCUUAAUGCAUUACUACCAAACAUUGAUUGGUGCUUUUUUUUUUUCUUGUCUACUCUCCCUCCCUUCCUGCUUCUGCACCUUUAGUCCCGCACUAGCACUUCAAGAAAAUCAGGUCCAAUGAAAUGCAUCCAAAAUGACAAAAUUGCAGCUUUGAUAGCGAUGCCCAAACAGCCCAACUAGGCUUCCCGCUCACAGGCAGGGAUGCUUGUGUGGGGGGACAAGAAGUUAAAGGCACUGGGUGAUGGGGCAGAAGAUUUUUUGAAAGGUUCUUGAACUACUUGUCCCACCUAGCACCUUCACUUCUCCUAGCACCUUUCCUUUACAAGCUGUGAAAUGCUGCUGCUUCUUGCCGUUUCCUCUUUUGGUACCUCCAUGUGAUGCCCACUUACUCUGUGAAAGUGGCUGCUUGCUGAGUAAGUAGCUUGGGGAGAGCUUGUCCUUCUGGGAGGCUCAGAGGGUCAGUUAGGGAACUUGAGUAUGUGAGAGAUGGGAUCUGAGCUGGCUUCUUGCAAACCUGUUUGCCCUGCAUGCCCUGUGCAGACCUCUGCCAGUUCCCUGGGAAGGCAGAGCUGCCGAAGAGCCGGCUGGUGGUUGGCAGGACUGUGGUGGAAGGAUCAGGAGAGGAGUCACAGCCUCCCGAGGCACAAAGUCACUGAAAGCCAUGGGGUGGGUAGUGUGGUAUAGCAUUGGUACUCCGUGGGAGCUCUCCGAAAGCAGUUUCAUAGCUUCUGUGGAAAAAUAGUGGUACUUCUGUUAACUUCUUAUCACCUUCCGCUUAGGUAGAGACUCGAGCACUGUCGUCUUCCACCUCUGGUGUCUUUAACACAAAAGCAGAUGAGGCAUGAAAGGAAACUUUGAGCAGAAGCACUGUGGCAACCCCGAGCGAGUCUGGCACCAGUCCUGGGUGGGCAGGAGGGCGAGGAAAUGCGGUGGGAUACUUCCCAUGCCGUUUCCCCAGUGCCUGACUGGGUACUGGGCCUCUGCAGAGAGCCAGGGCGUAUGUUAUGGACCCUCCCUCCCUGGACUGGGCCAGAGGAGGAGGUGGCCUUCCUACAAAACAGCCUUCUUUUUUUAUUGUAGGGGCUGAUUCCUCCCGCUACCCCCAUCUCCCCUUUAAAUGCCAUGUGAUGCAGGGUUUCCCAGCACUGUUCACUGCCUGUGUGGUCUAUGCAUAUAUUAGCACAAACACUGUUAAAUGCCUUUUGUCAAGAUGUGUCCUCACCAUCAAUGUGUGCGUGUAUGCGUGUGUGUCAAUUUUGACUGCUUUUCUUGGAUCUGGAGUUCUAUUUUAUUGCAGUGAAGACACUUUGUUAUAUAAUGUUUAUAUAUUUUAAGAUUUGUGCCAAGAGAGGAUGUAUAUUUAAUAAAAAAUUAUAAUUGA